AUGACGAACACUUUCCUCCAUUACCAAUCAAUCGCAGAGAAAUUCCUCCUCUCCUCCACUAAAUUCUGGUCAACUAUCUCCACUGUCGCCGCCAUCGCCGGCCUCUCAUCCUUCUUCUACUCGACUCAUGAGCAAUACACAAACAGUUUCAACAAUUCCGGCAGAUACAUUUGCGCCUUCAUCAUCAUCGCCCUCCACUUCAUCAUCUUCUUUUCUGAUCCCCAAAAGCUCAAAGUCGCAAUCGCCCCCUUUUUUCCCGGAUCCGCUAUGAAAUGGACCCUGCGAUUCACGGCUAUGAGAGUCAUUUACGUCUUCCUUUAUGUCCCCGAAAAAUCGGUUGUUGUGUUGAUAUUCUCGAUUUGUGUUUGGAUUGACAUUAUCGCAAUCACUCGGAUCAUUAAACCCUCGAUUGAUUUAUGGGUUACAAAUUCGGUGUUUAUCGCGGUUGUUAGUCGAAGUAUUGAUCUAUACGGGUUCACGGUUCAUCACUGGUUGAUCAUGUUGUUAUGUUAUCCGGUGAUGUUUGUGCAAUUUCGGCUAGAGGGUUACAAGGAUGAAGAAACAAAGGAGAAAGAGGGAUGA